CCCUGGUCUGCUCCUCCAGUACAUCGUCAACGAACAUUUUUUUAUAUUUUUUACUCUUUACAAAUUUUAAAGCCGCGGCUUUUGUUUAUGAAGCUGUAUUUAAAGUGAAGUCAUUAUGAGGGAAAUCGUUCACAUACAAGGCGGACAGUGUGGAAAUCAGAUUGGAGCUAAGUUCUGGGAGGUGAUAUCAGACGAGCACGGCAUUGAUCCCACAGGCACGUAUCAUGGAGACUCAGAUCUUCAGCUAGAACGCGUUAAUGUUUACUAUAACGAGGCCUCCGGCGGCAAGUAUGUACCGCGAGCGGUUCUCGUGGACCUCGAGCCCGGCACCAUGGACUCAGUGCGCUCGGGACCUUUCGGACAGAUCUUCCGACCUGACAACUUCGUGUUCGGACAGUCUGGAGCCGGCAACAAUUGGGCCAAGGGACAUUACACGGAAGGAGCUGAGCUGGUGGACUCAAUUCUUGAUGUAGUCAGAAAAGAAGGGGAGGGCUGCGACUGUCUUCAGGGAUUUCAGAUGACACAUUCUUUAGGUGGAGGCACUGGGGCGGGGUUAGGGACAUUACUUAUCUCCAAAAUACGGGAAGAGUAUCCAGACCGUAUCAUGAACACGUUUAGCGUUGUGCCAUCACCCAAAGUAUCUGAUACUGUAGUAGAACCGUACAAUGCAACGCUCUCGGUGCAUCAGUUGGUGGAAAACACCGACGAAACGUACUGCAUCGACAAUGAGGCUUUAUAUGACAUUUGUUUCCGCACUCUGAAGCUGACCACGCCGACCUACGGCGAUCUGAACCACCUGGUGUCCGCGACGAUGUCGGGUAUCACCACGUGUCUGCGAUUCCCCGGGCAACUGAACGCCGACUUGCGCAAGCUGGCGGUGAACAUGGUACCGUUUCCUCGCUUGCACUUCUUCAUCCCCGGGUUCGCGCCACUGACAUCACGUGGCAGCCAGCAAUACCGGGCGCUGACGGUGCCCGAACUAACGCAGCAAAUGUUUGACGCAAAGAACAUGAUGGCAGCGUGCGACCCUCGGCAUGGCCGAUACCUGACGGUUGCGGCGGUGUUCCGCGGUCGCAUGUCCAUGAAAGAGGUGGAUGAGCAGAUGAUGAACAUACAAAACAAGAACUCGUCGUACUUCGUGGAGUGGAUCCCUAACAAUGUGAAGACCGCCGUGUGCGACAUCCCGCCGCGGGGGCUGAAGAUGUCCGCCACGUUCAUCGGCAAUUCUACAGCGAUCCAGGAGCUGUUCAAACGCAUCUCGGAGCAGUUCACAGCGAUGUUCCGGCGCAAGGCGUUCCUACACUGGUACACGGGCGAAGGCAUGGAUGAGAUGGAGUUCACGGAGGCCGAGAGCAACAUGAACGACCUGGUGUCUGAGUACCAGCAGUACCAGGACGCCACGGCCGAGGAGGAGGGCGAGUUCGAUGAAGAAGAGGAAGGAGGCGACGAGGGAGACUAGAUGUUUUUGAUAAGUUUUAUUGUUUUAUUUUUAUAGAUUUAUUAUAUACAAUAUACAUUAUACAUUAUUACCACGA